UUGCCCUCGCCCCCAGGUUUUAAUGAGGCUUUAUUGGUUAAUUCUAAUACCAAAUCUGGAAUAAAUUCAAGAAAGUCCAUUACUUCAUCCUCAUUCAAUUCACCUAUAAUCAACGAGGCUCAAUUAGAUAGUUUAAAAACGAAAAAGGCUUGGGAUGUGGUCACUGGAACUGUUAAACAAGUUCCAAUGAAUUUAUUCAUGAGUUAUAUGUCGGGAAACAGUUUGCAGAUUAUACCAAUAAUGACAACUUUGAUGUUUUUCACUGGACCUGUUCAUUCGAUAUUAAAUUUAAAGAAAACUUUUAAACCAUUCUUGAAUAAUAAAACCUUUAGUAACUACUAUGAUAUUUUAAUUGUUGAAAUUUGUUAUGUAAUAGUGAAUAUAAUUAUCAUUUUUAUAGGGUGUUAUAAGAUGAAUAAAAUG